GAAGAGGCCCUGGAGGUUUUUCGCCUUCCUCUGUACCAUGGGGCACGGGUCACUUGCUGGUGGAUUCUCUGCUCCUUGAAGUCUUUAAACCACGAUUUGAGGACUUCAAUAGCACAGGCAUAGGUGAGAGGUUUUUUGCAGGAGUGGUGGGUGAAAUUCUGUGGCCUGCGUUGUGCAGGAGGUUAGACUAGAUGAUCAUUAUGGUCCCUUCUGACCUAAAUAUCUAUGAAUCUAUGAAUGUGUUUGUGUGAGUGUCCUGCGCCUAGCACUUCUCAGGAAUGUGUGUGUUUUUGCAAUAUCAGCCCUGUUCUUGCCAGAUUCUGCAAACUUAGAAGCAGGCGUGUUCUAUAGCAGGGCCUGCCUUUUGCUCACAGCCUGACUUUCGCUAACUUUGCUUUAGAUCAGCAAAGCUUGCCCACUACUUUAGUUCAGGCCUCAUACCGGGCCUCUGAUACAAGGGCUUGUGUCUCAGACUCUCUCUUUCCACUACAGCCUGUAUGUCGACACGCAACAGAUCCACUGGCCACAAAUGUGUGAAUGAGAGAGAGAGUGGCGGGGGAGGCAGCAGGCCACAUGUGCUCCUCUCCCUUACUCUGUACUAGGGCUGUGGAGUAACUGCUCACCUGCUACUGUAGCUUGGCACUUGAGGUGUCUAAUCCUCAGCCCCUCAUACAUUCCAUAGAGUCAUAGAUGUUAAGGCCAGAAGGGACUUUUAUGAUCAUCUAAUCUGACAUUCUUUCUGACACAGGCCAGAGAAUUUCACCCAGUGAUUCCUGCAUCCAGCCCAGUAACUUAUAGGUGAGCUAGAGCAAUGUUUUUUGUUUUUUUCGGAAGAGACUUACAAUUCUGAUUUAAGGACUACAAGAGAUGGAGACUCCACCAUGUCCCUUGUUCCAGUGAUUAAGUACAUGCACCGUGAAAAAUUUGCACCAUAUUUUGUCUGUCUUUAACUUCCUGCCACUGGAAUUGUUAUUUCCUGGAGCUCACAGCCAGUUUAGUUGGGCUGCUCUCUCUGUUCAAUGAUACAGUCUAUCAUUUUAUUCCUGAUCUGAAAUAUGCUGUUCACGUUGAGAUAGGCUUCCAGCUUUAGGGCUCAGGCAAUAGUGAAACACUUCUCAUAGCCAGAGCUCAGCAGUGACACAGUGAAAGGCAGAAGGGACAACGAUCCACUUUUCCCUUCUCCUGAAGGAUUAAAUGCUCACCUUCCAGGCUGAAGGGAUCCAUAUAGCUUGUGUAGGGUUCACACAUGUCACUCCAUUCGCUUCCAGGUCUGGGCUCUACUCCUUGCAUCUCUAUUGACAGCUACCAGAGCAGAGGGAUCUACAUGGUGUGUGAAUCUGCUGGAUGGUACCCGGAGCCCCAGGUGCAGUGGAGAGACCGGAGGGGGCACCACUUACCAUCCCUGACAGAAAAAAUAACUCAGCAUGAUAAUGGCCUGUUUGAAGCACAAAUUUCCAUUAUUGUAACAGAAACUUCCAGUCGGGAUCUGUCCUGCUCUGUCAGCAACUCCCACCUCAACCAAGGAAAAGAAUCCGUGAUCUACAUCGCAGAUCCUUUCUUCCUGACGGCCUACCCCUGGAAUGUGGCUGCGUACAUACUCCUGGUUGCUUUGGGUUUGCUCAUUUUCACGGCCAGCUACUUCUUCUGGAAGCAACACAAGACGAAAGGGAAACUUGUUGCGAACCUUGAGGAACAUCUUGCACAGAAAGAGAAGCUCCAGAAUGAACUUCAAUUGAGAAGAGCUCAAAUAUAUCAAGCCAGCGUGAUUCUGGAUCCAAUCACUGCUCAUCCUGAUCUCAUCCUGUCUGAGGAUCAGAAAUGUGUAACAAAAGGAGAUACAGCACAGAAUGUGCCAGACAAUCCUGAGAGAUUUGAUUCUUCUGUGUGUGUCCUGGGUUCUGAAGGUUUCACAUCAGGGAUACAUUACUGGGAGGUGGAAGUGGGGAACGGUGGUGACUGGUGGGUUGUAGGGGUUGCCAGAGAGUCUAUAAGGAGGAAGGGAUGGCUCAAGUUUAGCCCAGUGGAGAAGAUCUGGGCUGUGGAGUGUGACUGGGGUAAAUACCAGGCUCUUGACUCCUCUGUGAUCCAUCUGCCCCUGAAUGAGCGACUUGGGAAAAUUGGGGUUUCUCUGAACUUUGAAGAGCGCCAUGUAGCAUUUUAUGAUACUGAUAACAUGAUGGCAAUAUAUACUUUCAAAGAGGUCUCUUUCUCUGAUGAGAAAAUCUUUCCUUUCUUCUGUGUCUGGAGAACUCCAGGAAAAUAUAUCAAACUGUGUGACCGAGAAAAGAGGUAGCCCUACAUUUUCAAGUGUCCAUUAUUUUUUGUGCCAGCUCUCAAAAUUAGUGGGCACUUUUUGUGAAAAUUUAAAGCAAAUUACUUCUCUGUGCCCAGAAUUUUGUACCUUUCAAAAUUAGAAAGCAUGAAUGGUCAGGAGAAAAUGUCAAUGGCACAGCAUUUACCCAAGCUAUUUUUCUGACCUCUAGUAUUCUGGAGGCCAAAUGUGAUAAAUGAAGGCAGGUGGGGGCGGGGGCAGGGGGCGAGAGCUCCCUUUUAUGAACACAUAGCCAGCCAGUUAGCUGUAAAAUUCCUCUUGGUAGCUGUUCUCUGCUUGCUUUACCUGUAAAGGGUUAAAAAGUCCCCUAGGUAAAAAAAAAAGAAAGAAAAGGAGUGGGCACCUGACCAAAAGAGCCACUGGGAAGGCUAGAACUUUUUAAAAUUGGGAAAGAACUUUCUCUUUGUCAUUCUCUGGGCUGCAAGGACAUGGAGCAGCAAUGCUCUAAGCAGGAGUGCUGUGUAAGGUUUGAACCAGGUAUGAAAAAGUAUCUUCCAUACCUAGAAGGAAUCAUUUGAUAGGGAAUGUUUAGAUAAACGCAAUCAGGUUUAUUUCUUUAUUUUGUCUUGUAGAUCUCCCCAGAUGCUUUUGUUUGCUUGUAACCUUUAAGCUGAACCCUAUUUUGGGUGCUUAAUUUUUGGAAUUCCUCUUAAAAUCUAGCAAAAGCCUAAGUUCCAGAUGUAUUUUCUUUCCUUUUUUAAUAAAGUUUACUUUUUUUAAGAACAGGAUUUGGAUUGUUGGGUCCUAAGAGCUUUGUGCCUAUGCUGUUUGAUUAGCUGAUGGCAACAGCUAAUUUCCUUUGUUUUCUUCUCAGCUCUCCCCGGAGGUGGGGUUAAAGGGCUUGAGGGUACCCCACAGUGGGGAAUUCCCAAGUGCUCCUUCCUGGGUCCAAGGGAUUUUUUUUUGCAUUUGGGUGGUGGCAGCGUUUACCAAGCCAAAGUCACAGAAAAGCUGUAACCUUGGGAGUUUAAUACAAGCCUGGAGUGGCAAGUAUUAACUUUUAGAAUCCUUGUGGGCCCCCACCUUCUGCAGUCGAAGUGCCAGAGUGGGAAUUCAGCCUUGACACCAAGUCUACACAGGGUCUGAAUGAACUCUCCCCUGUCCCCUCUCCUAUUGACGGGCUGGCAGAAAAGACAUCAGGAACAGACCGUGUUUGCAUAGACACACCUACUCUGCCUAGGUGCACACCAUGAUUGAGCUUCCUUCCCAAAAUGAUCAAUUAUGGCUGGUUUGGGGUUAUAAAUGACCUUAGUACUUGAAUACAGGGGUAAUGAAAUGUUGUUAUCCUGAUUGUAUGGGUAAAGGACAGCAGAACUGUUCAUAGCAUGCCCUGACUGAGGUUUCAUUUAGGGUGACCCCCCCCCACUAAACAGGGUUAGGGUUGCUAAAUCCCAGUGAAAGGGAAAGAGGGUGGGGACAGGAGGUUGUAUCUGGUUGUAUGGGUGCUGCCUAAAGAGUCCUAGACACCAUUCGACUUUCACUACAGAGCUGGAGAGGUAAUCCCAAAGGCAAGGGGAAAUAAGGUGGGAUAGUAAAAUGCGGUGUAGCUAGGUCUUGGAGAGAGGAAUCUGGGAAAGGGAAAAGGUAGGGAUUGACUUUUUUUUCUGGAUAAAUGUUGAUAACUGCAAAGUAACGCACAUUGAAAAACAUAAACCCAGCUAUGCAAAAUGAUGGAAUCUAAAUUAGUUCCGUUUCCUUGUGAUGCCACAUGAUUGGAACAUGACCAUUUAUAUCAUUAAUAUUGCCACUAUUAUACAAUUGCAACAAAUCUUGUACAAAGUAUGUCAUGUAUGGUAUCAAUGGAAAAGUUACCAUCUAUCAAAUAUCACUAUCCUGUUUGUAUGCCCAUAUCGUUUUUGUAUCUGAAGUUAUGAAUAUUGACUAUAUACCUGUAUUUUAAAUGUGUUUGUUUCUGGGGAAACACCUACAAGGUUGUUUGCACCAAUCUAGCCAGCACUAAAAUCUUGGGAUUAGAAGAACCCUUUAUUUGAUUAAAUUGUUUUUAAAUAACCACUCA